AUGAACAUUUCUUUGAGCACCGUGAGUCUGGACGGUCUGACUCAGCUGUACGAGCACAGGCUGUGGUUGGCGUUUCUCCUCUUGCUCCUCUACGUGUUCGUGAUGUUCAGCGACAGUCUGGUGGUGUACGUCGUCUGCUCCCAGCGCAGCCUGCACCGCCCCAUGUACGUGUUCGUCGUGGCCGUGCUCGUCAACUCCGCCGUGGGGAGCUGCGCCGUUUACCCCAAGCUGGUGUGGGACCUGGCUCAGGGCCGGCGCGUGGUCCUGGUGUCCCGCUCGGCUUGUCUGUGCCAGGGGUUCGUUUUGGGUUCGGUGGGCGCUUCGAGCUUCCUUCUCCUGUCCGCCAUGGCGUUCGAUCGCUACCUGUCCAUCUGCCACCCGAUGCGCUACGCCGCCCUCAUGUCGCCCAUCGCCGUCACCACUCUGCUGCUCCUCUGCUGGCUGGUCCCUCCUUUGCCCAUAGCAGGGGCUUUGUUGGUUGCGAAUCGUUUGCAACCGUGUUAUGACAGACUCUCUAGAUUGUACUGUAACAUCUAUUCUUACAUCAGUUUGAACUGUUCAGGAGACAUGCCGAAUAAAGCGUAUGGUUUUCUCAACAGAACGCUCCUCUUUUUCCUCCCCAUUGCGUUCGUGCUCUUCUCGUACGGGCGCAUCCUUAUCCUCUGUUUGCAGCGCUCUGGGACUUUUGCCUCGAAAGCCCUCAACACCUGCCUGCCCCAUGUGAUCGUGGUGCUCAACUACGCGAUAUGCACGAUUGUGGACCUGCAGCAGAUUGAGUCGAGCGAAGAGGAGAGCCGCUCGGCCCUCGUCGUCUCGGUUCUUAUUGUGGUCGUGACCACGGUGUCCAACCCCAUCGUGUACGGGCUGAAGAUGCGUGAGAUUUACCUGAAGCUAAAGGAACUGCUGCACUGUCAAAGACCACAAACUGACACCUAA